UCGCUCAGUCCAAAUUUUGGCAGAGCUGUUACAAAGUUGCUGUACUUUGCAUUUCCCUGUGCAGAAGGACCUUUAUGAGGAAUUAAGAACAUGGAAAGCAGAAUAUGGUGGGCUGAGAGAGAGAAUCCCUUUGAAGAGCUUCAGGUAAGAGAGCUGCUCCUUUGAAGCAGCGGUGCACAGUAGUGACUGAGGUGGUGGCUUUAUAAGGAAGAUGCUUUUUUAAAGGUUCCUUUUUUAUUCACUUAUUUAUUUUUAAGUUUCAGAGCAUGCUGGCUUUUCUUAAGGAAAGGAAAUGUGUCGUCUGCUUUUUCCACUGCUCUAGACAGGUCUCACACUGACAUGCGGUGCGGACAACGUUCGGUGAAAGGACUGCAGUAUACCAGGGAUUGUGGCCUUGCUGCCCAACCUCCCUCCCAGACCUUCUCCAUUUCACUCUGAAAUCCUACGUGUUCUGAGGCACCUGGAGAUCUCAACAGUCAGAUCAUACUUGGAAAGUCUGGGCACAGAAAAGUUGUUUGUAGCUUCUUUUAUUACUUUCCUAAGGGAAGGAGUGUUAACUGUAGAAGCUGUGCUAAGAAUAAGGAGUUGCAAGGAGAGUUUCCUCUUCUCAAGGCUAAACAAACCCAGCUCCUUCAGCCAAUCUUAUUAUUCUCCCUCUUUCUCUCCUUUUUUUCUAGUUUCUUCUCUGAAUGAAGUUUCCCUCAUUACUUGGAUCCCUUUGGUUGUCCCUUAUGGCUCUCAAGGAGGUCAGCUCUUGCAGUGGGCAAUGCUAUUUUCCUUGCUAGAUGUUUUUUCUUAAAUGCAUUACAGGGUUCUGUGACUUGUAAUUUCUGAUGAGUGCUAUCUGACCAUUUAAUUCUUUGCAAUUGCUAUAGUAGAUGCCAAACACAUUUGCAGUAAUUGGAUGGCACUUAAGGGAUUAGUCAAGACUGCCAGGACCCUCAGUCAUCCAAACCACAGCUGGCUUUUUGUGCUGUUUCCAUGGAAGCCUCGCUGUGUCUGCUUCUAAAUUUAUUGGCCAUCUGCAUUUUGAAUGAAAUCCCCUGUGCAAAAGCCUUGUCCACAGUUGUGGCCUUGCUGUGUGGCCCUGCCGAUGGUGCACUCUGGCAGCGGCACAGUUGUGCCAUCUCCCCAAGUGACAGAAGAUUUGCAAAUGACUUGUUCAGAGCCGUUAAACACCUGACCCCAGCCAGGCUCAUGGGCCAGUGGGCUGUUUGGGGUCCAGGUGUCAUGGGCAGAGAAGCUGCUGCAGAUAUCCUGGAGGCCUCUCAGCUGUAAGGGUCGUUCAUAAUCUUUAUGCAUCAUGUGAAGGUGGCAGAGUGUCUGCAGACCCGCAGCUUCUUGGGGUGGGAGGGUAGGAAAGACAGACUAGUAUGGAUUACGUCCUAAACUCUUUCCCAUUCAGGUCUGUUCUCCCAGUGCUGCUCAUCAGGCUGGAGGGACUUGUCUUGCUCUGCUGGAGAGAGACGAUGCUCAGUGCUGCUGGUAGCCCAGGAGAGCAAGAAGAGAUGCUUGUUCUCUACCCAUUGACUGGUGCUGAUCACCCAUCCCCAUCCACUGUCUUAGCUCUGAGCCCUGGCUCGGCUCCAUCACUCCAGGUUUGGAUAUUAGCUUCUGGUAGAUGAGCUUGGCCUGAUAGAUUUUGGCUAUUUUUGCAGUGAUCUGACCAAGGAGUAGGAGGUGUGAGGGUGGGUGGUGACUGACAAGAGCUGGUGUAUCUGCGAUAGCUUUUUAAUUGUAUCAUCGAAGGGGAAGGCAGGAUACAUUCUGUGAUGCUAUUUUAAUCAGAGGUGAUACCAGCUGCUUAUGUCUUUCUCUGACACCAGGGAGAUUCGCAAGCCUUGGGUUAUAAUUCCCUCAGCAUGUUCAGAAGCUGACAGGUUCAUGUGUUGAACUGGGCGAGUGUGGUGGCCUGGUGGUUUGCAGGAGUAAGCGAAGUGGAAAUCUGCUGCUCAGGAAAAGGGCAUAAGUAGUUCUUCAUUAUUAAGUGCUGGUUGCUGAUGUAAGAACAUCAGAUAGGAGCCGUGAAGUGCUUUGCUGGGCUUAAGAGCCUGUUGGGGCAGCUUUAUUUGGAGACUAAUUGGAUUGCAGCUGAAAAGAGAAAUUUCCUGUCUCUUAAUAUAACAAGAUGAAUGAGCUGGAAUGGAGCAGUGCUGGUGCAAGCAGGUUGCUCUGACUCUCUGCCAGCUUGGCUAAACCAGCUCCAGUACAUCUGUGCAGCACAGCUGGGACACAUCAGCCUCUUGCUGGUGGUUCAACAGGAGCACCACCAGCCUGCAGAGCUAAGGCAAGGUCAGGUGCCAGGCUGAGGGGGUUGCUCACGAAACCUCUUCUUGGGGUGAAGUCUGAGUAGCACGUAUGUUUCCCUACGGCUGGAAAGAGUUACCAGUUGGUAAUUCCAGGGAGGAAAGAGUGGAGGCCUCAGCUGAACCUUUCUAGCUGUUUAUGUAAUGAAGGUGAAGGAAAGGGAAGAAGGUGUUUCCUCAGCACUUCCAGCAAGGUAAGCUCUGAGAGACUUAGCAAGCCAGGACCAGAUACUUAUCUUUCCAGGUCAGGAAUGAUACACAUUAACAAAGAAAUAAAGAAGUGAUGUCAGGCAUAUCCAAGAGCAGGGUUUCACCUUUGAGUCAGUGGUUAAUGUGAAUAUGCAUUUUAUUAAACCUGUUUAGCUUUCAGGCCUUCGAUUUCACAUCCUCCUCUUAUGCCCCAAUGAUGCUUUUAUUGGCUGACUUUAGAAGGUGAAAACACUGCAGUACAGCCCUGCCUAGUGCUGCUGUUCCAGCUGUCAUCACACUCAAUCUCCUAGCGAUGUUUUACGUGCGUUUUUAUUUAAUUUCUGUGAUCUGACACAGUGCUAGCUCUCUCACAGAACAGGGCAUGAUGGAUGAGUUUCAUUAGAUGUGCAGUAUUUUUCUUCCCUCUCUUUGGUCCUCUUCCUGAAGCACUUUCACUUCUUGGCCGGGGAGAGAGGAGUGGAUAAACCCUCCGGCUAAUGAUAAUACAACAUCCUUGUCAUGCCCCAACUCGAGAGGAGGAUGGAGAGUGACCAAGGUUCUGAUGAUCCCCUUGGACUAAAUUAAGGUGAAACGACACCAAACAAUCAAUUAAACAUUUUAUUUCAACACAGAAGUAACUUGAAAAGGCAACUUGAAAACAUGGAAAUAUGUUGAUGGUGGGGGUUCUUAUUAAGAAUGGUUGUAAAACAAGAAGAGGAAAAGAAAGGCAGAGGGAGAGAAGAGGGGAAAAGAAAGAGAGAAGGAAAGAUAGGGAGAUAUCAUCACCCUUGGAUCCAGUGCUGAUGACCACAGACAUGACGGUCCUCCAGUGGUGGGUGCGCCAGUCUCUUUGUUGUCGUGUCUUAUAGUCCAAGCUUGCCUUCAGUUAUGCCUCCUGUGAGCUUAUAUGGUUCUUGUUCCAGAAGUUUCGUGAUCUCUGCGCAGGUGCUGUUGUGAGGGGUGGUUGUGAGGGGUCUUGUGGGCAGUCGGAAGCCCCUUCCUCAAACGAACUCCGUAUGACCUCAGCAAGUCCCUGCGUGAGGCACAGCAGAACCCGGGACUGCGCAUCCUCCGACACGCCCCCCAGGCCCUGUGUCCAUUGAUUUCCCACCUGCUACGUCCCACUUUACAACAACGUUUGAGACCGUAACUUUUUCAGUCCCUUCCACUGCUGCGUAGGGGGUUCAAGACUUGGGGAAGCAACUGGGAAUGCAUUCAAAGGCUAAAAAUUGCUUUGCUGGAAAUGAUGAGCUGAAUUAAAGAGACAACAUACCCUGGAACUUCAGCAGGCUUCCAUUUCUUGCUCCUACACACAGGUUUGGAUGCUCCUGUGGAUGAUGACAGAAGGACUAUUUCCACAGAUGACUUUUCUAGGCAAAAAAUUUUUUUGAAUGUUUUUCUAAUAGCUCCUGAAAGAAAUACUGCCUUUUCCAUUGUGGCUGGGUGUGCAGGGGUGCUAGUUAGGAGGACAAAUAUUGUGGUUGAUUUUUGUCAAUUUUUCAUUGGCAAGUAGCAACCGACUUCUUAUCUACACUGCAAAUUCACCGCAAGGAUUAAAAGAGAAGCUGAAUGGAACAUUUUUCACUGCAGGCUGCACACACAUUUCUUUGUUCUUGCAUCCAAAACCAUCAUCUGAAAGCAGCUUGUGCUUGAUGUUGCUGAUUUCCUUGUGUUUCUGUGUGCAUAAGAUGUGGUUUAAAAGCAACUUCCUUUUUCAACCUGUUAACUCUUCCACUUGGGGGGCUUUAGGCGUCGACCUACAGGUGUGAUACUAUGAGGAAAAAACUAAUGGAGAGAGCUGACCUCUGCUUUUCCCACUGUGCAUUUCCUUGGCAAAAUAGUUUAUCUCCUAUUUACAUCCUCUGCUUCUUAUCUCCUUUCUAUUUCAGUAGUCUGUCUGGUGCCUGUUUCUAAAGGAUGAUAUAUCCGCAUCACUCAGGCAUUUGCUGCAGGACCAUUUCCAGUGCUUCAGAAAUGUCUCAGCAUGAGUCAGCCGCCGUGCGGCUGGGAGCCAACGUUUUCUGUUCCACUUGAUAGCUCGGUAAAGGGUGGAGUGGGGAUCACUGAGAGAAUUAGUGCCUGGGGGUGAUCGUUUGGAACUGGAAGCGAACAAGCCAAGUGCCUAAAACGGGCACCUCCAGCGAGUCACGCCUGCACUGGCCAGGGCUGUCUGCCCCUGCCCGGAAAACACGCGCUCUCUUUUGGGUGCGAUUUAAAGAUGUUACUGGGCUGAACUUGAAACGUUUCCAUGCUACAGUGCCACAGAGAGACAGAGGUGACCUCGCUGUGUUUCAAAUGCCACUGUGGCAGAGCAGGGCUCUAAAGCUUAAUUUCCACUGUCCCUUUACAUGGCAUUUAUGGGCUCGUGACUGGGCUAAGUUCGGCUCUGGGGCAGCUUAACACCAAAGAGCUACUGACAGGUGGAGGGAAACGUAGAUAAGGAGCAGGAUACACAUCCCUGGCUGCCCCAUGACUGCAUGCGAAAAAUGAGAAAGCAAUUUCUGAGAGCAGCGGGAGGAGUUACAUAUAGGUGUAACGUGGCAGGAAUAAAGAAAGAGAGAGAGAAGGGGAGAGUUUUGGUACUGGAGGAGAAAGCCUCCCUGUGAGAAUUUCCAGGCUGAGCAAAUAGCCCUGCGGGAAAGGGGCAGAACUGGGUUUUUUCCAUGGAAAUGAAAAAUGUUGGACUGAAAAGGGAGAGAUUUUGUAGAAGAGAUCUGCCUCAGUCCCUUGAGAAGGACUAAGAGAAACUACUCUGUUUUUGUCUUUUACUAAUGAUGAUUAGAUUGUGUUGUUUACCCCCACCCUGAGAAUGAAACUGCUUAUAUUUGAAAAAUCACAGACAAUUUGAGAAACACACCAGUAAUCUUGAUUUCUCGGCAAGAAAAAAAAAAGUUGUGAAAACUAGAGGUGGUAAGAACAGUAUCUGCAAGAGAAUGUCAACAAUGCUGUUGUCAGCACAAGUCUAGCCCAUGCUGAGCAAUAUUUGGAAUAUUUUGAGAAACAUUUGACUCAAAUUGAAGUUUUGUCUUCAAAAAAACUGUUGCAACUCUGCUUCUGCUUGAUGGCUCUAAAAAAUCCAAGAAAAGUAUUGGGUUUGCACUUUUUUUUUCUUAAGUGAUCGAAGCUUCUUGGCAUCUUCACGUCACAGCUAUGACAGGAACUCUUCUCACUCUGAAGGAACAUCUUUUUCUAACCUAAUGAACAUUAUUUUCUAACCUAACCUGUGUAAAUCCUUUCUCACAUUAAUUGACCUGGAAAAUAAUUGCAAAAACUCAUAGCAGACCUAUGUCGGUGCCAUUAAGUAAAACCAGGCCAGGAGGCAACAUGCUGUUUAGCUGCUAGCAAGUUUGCUGCUCUGAUUUUAGCCUGUGCUGUCACCCAGACAGAUGAGGUCUGCUGCGGGGCGUGUGUGUCUUUAGACACCACCAAGGGCUGACUUGUUUCUGCCGAUCCUUCGGUUGUCCAUGAACUUGGGUGUUCCUAGUGCAGCAGGAGCAGUGGUGGAGGCACCCUGAGACAUGGGGUAGGCUUGCCGUUCAGUCCUGUCCCUGGAGCAGUUCCAGCAGGGCCAGGGCAAGGGGAUGGUGUUCUUCUGGGACCAGACUCAUGGUCAAGAAACCAUGCUCGGCUGUCACCCAGCGGCUCGUGCUUGCGAGGUACCUCAUCUAGGAGCAGACUGGGCAGAAGAUCAGGUGGUGGAUCCUUUUGGAUCCUCCUGUCUCCAUACAGCUCUUGUUCCUGGAGCUGGGUCAGUCUCCCUGUGCCCAGCCCCCGCUUGGCUCUGGGGUCUGGGCAGUGGCAAGGGAAUAUAGGCUGAGCCUACCUUUCUUCCUUACUAAUUUCUGGCCUCGUGGUCCAUUGUGGUCUACUUCCUCCCUGCAGAAGUGCGUGUUUUCUUCGAGGGUUUUGUCUCUCUCGGUCAUUUUAUGUUUUAAGAGUUUUUAUUUGUGCUUCAAGCUCUCACACAGAGAAUAUUGAAGACUGGAACUAGUGACGAUCUGGUCUGUAGGCAUCUGGUAAUGAGGGGUGGAUACAAUGGCCAAAUGCUGUUUGAGGAGGAGGGAAACCAUGAGUAGCAGCUGCUUGAGUGAGAAAGAGAGCUCCAGGAGGGGCCUGGGGAGAAGCCAGCUUGUUUUGUGAGCUCAAGUGGGGUUGCCCAUGUGGGGAGUGCAGGUAGGGAAAGGAGGGGACAUGGGGCGUGGAGGCGUGAGCAAGACCAGCCCUAUGCUUGUGCUGAGCCUGAAGGGCGGCUGCAAAGUUUGGGAGCAGGAUAGGGGAUAACCUUGAGCCAGAGGAGCAACCAGGGGCCUCCUUGGGAGCAGGGACCUCACUCCCUUGGCAGCCUGCUCAUCACCCAGGAAACCCUCAUUAAAGAACUACAUGCUGAAGCAAUUGCCCGCUGUGGGGUGGGAGCUGGGCAUGGGGUUUAAAGGAGGCCACGGGCACAUUUCUGUUCUAGUUUUGCAGUUGCUGAAGAAAGGUUUCCUUUGCUUUGCAGAAGGAAACUCUAGGGAUGGCUGUGGGAUGAGGGACAAAAUGAGGCAUUUUGAGGAUAGCGUUUUUUUCAUUAUUAGACUGUGAUUCUCUCGUGAUUUGGAGCAACCUUGUUACAUAUUCAUUAAAAAUUUGAUCCCUCUGUUUAAAUUUGAUACAGAAUUUAAGGAGGGUGAAGAAUAAAAUUUUAAUAAAACCCAAGGACUUGAGAUUGAUUCUCCCUGGGAAGAGAGUUGCGUAGGGCAGAGGUGUGUGUGCUGGAGCAGAUCGCCUCGCUGCACUGCCUGUGGCCAUGACCCACUGGCGUGACCUGUGCUCGAGCAUGUACCACGGUUACAUACUGUAAAAUCUCAAGAACCUUCCUGGUCCUGACAGAACCCCCUGAACUAGCUGGGUCCUCAGGUAUGAACACAGCAAACCCUGCACUUCACGCCUGAUACAGCACCUCAUGCCUCUGAUAGGCUGAACCUGCUAGAGAGUCUAUGAGCAGUCUCACCCCAGAAGCCACUCUGGGAGACACCUCCCAUCAGCGCAGAGGUACACGAUUCCCCCUGGAAAGGGCACGCUCUAGUUCGGAUCCCAGCUUGCUGCUGGAACUCCUCUUGGUGAGGUAUGUUACCUCUUUUAGCCAGGCUGCUGGAAGGUCCCGGCUUACUUCAUUUUCCACCUCAGAGCUUGUUCUGGUCCCUCCUUAGCCGGGAGACAGUGUCCACCCUUGGUUUCAGUGAUGGUCGUUUCAUGUCCUUGCACAUGCAAAUGCCUCUGUUAAACUGGGGGUCAUCUCUUGCACUGCUGGCUAAUAAACGACUCUUACCUCAGGGAAGGUUAAACUAUCCUCUCCCCUUGGCAUUUCAGCAGACCCUACGCUCUGUGUCUGCAGGUGCUUGGCUCAGCACUCACCAUGCAUUUUAGUGGGACGUGACAGUGAUUGAUUCCUUACCCACACCCAGAAUUAAUUUGUUACUUUCUUAAGUUGUUGGGGUGUUUUGGUGGGAAGAUGUAGUAACCAGGCAGGUAUUUUGGAUAACUGGAAAGGACCAAACUUCUCACUGCUCGUGCAAAUGCUCAGGAAAUUAAAAAUGUAACCGGCUGCUUUGCCAUCGUGUAAAGGCUGAAGAAAGGCUUUAAUACUUAACAGUGAGAGACUAUAGCUCUGUCACCUUGGAUGCUGUAACGUGGCUUCCUGCUCUAACAUGUUUCGUUAUGAACCUUCUGUGACUGUGGGGGAGAGAAUGAAGCCUGGGACAAAACUGCGGCGGGGGCUUUCCCAAAGGAUGAAUUAGCUGCAAAGCAGCUAAAGAAGGAUCUCGUGUUAGUGCAGCUGCUGGUUUCUGACCUGAGAGCUGCUGCCGGCGAGCAGGGGAGGGGAGGGAGGAGAUCAGCCUCUCGCUCUGAAGGGGCUGGUGUGUCAGAUUGCUGUGCAGGGCACGUGUGGAUAAUGCGAACUGCAAACACUGCUGCCUGCUCCAGCCACCGGUACGGAGCGAGCUGGGAGCAUGGAGCAGGUGGCUUGGAAGGGAUUAUUUCUAUCAUUUUUUGAUUAUAAAACAGAGAAAUACGUCAUUGCGAAGAACAAGAAGGUGGGGAUUCUCUAUCGAGUGGUGCAGCUCUCCAUCCUGGCUUACCUGGUGGGGUGGGUGUUUGUAGUCAAGAAAGGCUAUCAGGACACAGACACGUUCCUCCAGAGCUCUGUCAUCACCAAGCUGAAAGGGGUAGCCUUCACUAACACCACGGAGCUGGGGGAGAGGCUGUGGGAUGUUGUAGACUACGUCAUCCCUCCGCAGGGUGAAAACGUCUUCUUUGUCAUGACGAACCUGAUUGUGACCCCAAACCAGAGGCAAGACAUGUGUCCUGAGAGUGCCAACAUUCCCGAUGCCCUGUGUCACACGGACGGGGACUGCCUGGCGGGGGAAGCAGUGGUGGCUGGCAACGGGGUUAAGACCGGCCGUUGUUUGAAAGCCAGGGAGAGCACCAGAGGGACCUGUGAGAUACUGGCCUGGUGCCCAGUGGAGAAAAGAUACAAGCCCAAGAAAGCGCUUCUCGCCAGUGCAGAAAACUUUACUGUUUACAUCAAGAACUCAAUCCGUUUCCCCAAGUUUAAUUUCUCCAAGACGAAUGUGCUGGCAACCAAUGAUGAGUCCUACCUGAAGAGCUGCCGCUACAGCACGGAACAUCGCUACUGCCCCAUCUUCAUCCUGGGGAACAUCGUGAAGUGGGCUGGGAGCGACUUCCAGGAAAUGGCCUUGGAGGGUGGUGUGAUAGGAAUUCAGAUUGAAUGGAACUGUGAUCUUGAUAAAGCCCCUUCUGAAUGUAAUCCUCACUAUUCUUUUAGCCGGCUGGAUACCAAAUUUGCAGAGUCCAUCUCUUCUGGGUACAACUUCAGGUUUGCCAAAUACUACCAGGAUGCUGAGGGGGUCGAGUACCGGACGCUCAUUAAAGCGUAUGGAAUCCGCUUUGAUGUGAUGGUGAAUGGCAAGGCAGGGAAAUUCAACAUCAUUCCCACCAUUAUCAAUAUCGGUUCGGGGCUUGCUCUCAUGGGAGCGGGAGCUUUCUUUUGUGACCUGGUGCUACUGUAUCUGAUUAAAAAGAGUAACUUUUAUCGAGGCAAAAAGUACGAGGAAGUAAAGAAAACCACACCGGGACUGGGAGAUGGAGAUACCCCAGAUCGGGUCUACUGUCUAGUAUCGGGAUUCCCGGAGGAAAAAGAAAGUCCUUUAAAGACCACCCUUCUUUUCCUGAGGUGUUCUCUGGUAUCCUGAGCUUGCAGCAGUGUGUUGGUCACUAUGGAUUUAUAAAAGGGUUUUAUAAAAGGAAAAAGAAGGCACCAAAUGAAUGUUUUUGUACCGAUUGAUAGAUAUAGCUGUCCCUAUGUCAGCAGCCAGCGUUAUCCUCUGGCUGUGCUUUGCUUCCAUGUGCGAAAUAGAACUGAGGUGAACCACCGCUGGCACUUUGAAGAAGGCUGAGCUUCAACCCGUCUCCGGCACCACCGGCUUGUGGCCAUGGCUUCCAACUCUCGCUUGUGUUACUUGCAAGAUCAGAUGUAAAGCAGCAGGACUGCUCGUGUCGGGAAAUGCAAUGAAACGCAGCAUUUCAGCAGCUCUCAGAGCCCAGGGAAAAGGGGCUUGUUAUCCUACAGCGCCGGUGCUGACUGGGCCUGUGGCACAGUGGGGGCAACUACUCUCACUGCGGCGUUUCUGUAACCGUUAGGCUAGAAAUGGUGCUCCUCCAGGAAAACCUUCGCAACAAUCGCAACAAGGUGCUCUGCUCCUCUCAGGAACAGCAGGAGAAGGUCCUGCCGCGGCGCCGAACGGACAAUGGCGCGGCCACGGCCGGGUCCCAGCCGCCUCACCCACCACCCGCCGUCUGUAGCUGGCCCAGAGCACCGACAUUUCAGAGCACAGAGCAGGUAACAGCAGGCAGGGAAGGCAGGGACCCACGUGUUCGUGGUUGAUGUUGGUGGGGGGAGGGGUUAGCGUGCUGAAACGCAACGUGGCGUGGGGAGUAUCUGCGCGUCUCAGUCUUGGGUUCUCCCUUUUUUGUUCAGUGGCUGGUUUAAUUUGCUCUGGAUUGUUCUUUAUGCAUCAUUUACCACUUGCUCAUGGUGGGGGACGAUCUGGGUGGGGGACUUAAUGCGUCUGCUGUUUUUUGUAGUACCCUGAACUCUGUACUACAGAGACUGAAAAGGGGAGCUCUGUCAGGUGAAACACAUUGCCAGGUUCUUCCAAAGACACCAACAGGAGGAAAAUUUAGAAGACAGAUGUCUGUUAUUUCAACACUCUGGUAACUUCCAAGAACUACUCAUGUUUCUCUGUUUCUCAACAGAGGAAUGUCUCAUUGCAGCCCCUUUUGUGAAUUUAUGCUCAUGUGGGGAUGUCACUAACCUCAGAGCAGUGCUUAGAGAAUAACAUUGUUUAAAGUUUGCAUUUGCUUGAGCUGACAGGAACUGACUCACCAGCUCCUGAAGACAGGAGGUGAAUAAAUAUUCCUGCCUCAUUUAAAGCUUCCACAUCGUGGCUUGGUACAAACUCACCGGUGUGCUGUAAACGGCCACGUCGCCGUUGAUCAGGCGUCGUCGUGGUGCAGACAGGGUCUUUCUGUGCGCUCUGUGAGUAUCCAGAUGCGAAGGACUCGGGCUGCGGUGUCCUUACGUACUGCUGGGACGGCUGCAGCGAGCGGGGCGUUACAGCAAGCGGCUGUGGUCGUGUUCUGCGCGAAUGGAAGCAGCAGGUUGCACUUACCUUUGCUUUAACUUCUUUAAGGUGGUUACCCUGAGGUACAGGUUGAUUCUAAAUUAAAAUUCACCUUCGUUAGCA